AAUACUUGUAUUUGUGUGAUAAGUUUAUUAAAAUAAUAUAAAGUAAUGAAGACAAUAGUAAAUACGAUACUUUUCGACGUGUCCAAAAAUGAAUUGUUCAAAAUCAACGAAAACUACAAAAUGCUGCAUAGAAAAUUGAAGACCACGUGGAAAGUUAUGAUCAACCGUGACGAGCUCUCCGAAAACAUCUUGCAAGACGUGAAGAUCCUGGUAGUGGCUGGGCCUCAGAACGCGUUCACUGAUGAUGAGCUGGCCUGCCUGAAGGGCAUGGUAGAGAGAGGGGACUCGGUUCUGGUAGCCAUGACCGACGGGGGGGAGGAGAGGAUGAAUACUAAUAUUAACUUCUUUCUGGAGGAGUAUGGGAUUGUUGUUAACAAUGACUGCGUAGUCCGCGCGAAAUACCACAAGUUCUACCACCCCAAGGAGUGCCACAUCUCCUCCGGGAUCCUCAACCGAGCCGUCGUCAAGUACCUCAUGAAGAUGCCCAACUAUACCAGCGAGUCUGACGACUAUAUUGAAGACCCAGCGACUCCAAACUUCGUGUACCCGUAUGGCGCGACGCUCACGGUCAAGAAGCCGGCUGCGGCUCUGCUGUCAACCAGCGAUGUCUGCUACCCAGUGAAGAGGCCGGUGGCUGCUCUGUACACUUCUGAGAGGAGUGGAGGCAAGCUCUUCGUGAUAGGCUCCGGCCAUUUCUUCGCGGACCAGUACCUGGAGUGCGAGUGCAACGACUUGAUCCGCGAGAUGGUGUUCAGCCAGCUCGGCGGCGCGUCAGACCUGCACCUCAACCCGGUGGAUGUUGAGGAUCCUGAUGUGAACGAGUACCGCACCCUGGGCGACACGAUGUGGCUGAGCAUGGUGCCGUGGCCGGAGCCUGCCACCGCGCCGCCUCCCAGGCUGCAUCCUUUGCAUCCGCACGCGCUGUUCACUUGGAGGCUGUUCUCACUCAACCUGGCCCAGUUGCCAGAAGUACUAGGACUGUAUGACGCGCUGGGGGUCAAGCACGAGCCCCUGCGACUUAUCGCGCCGCAAUUCGAGACUCCUUUUCCGCCGCUACAACUUGCCGUGUUCCCUCCAACGUUCCGCGAGCCACCUCCUCCACCCCUGGAGCUGUUCGACCUGGAUGAAGCCUUCAGCUCGGAGCGGUCACAACUGGCGCGCCUCACCAACAAGUGUCUGCAGCCGCCUGGUACUAGAAUGGGCCAAGGAGACGGUCGUCAAAUCGAGAACGAGCUGGAAUACUACGUGCGCGAGUGCGGGCGCGUCGUGCGGCUGUCGCGCGCCGAGCACGCGCCCGAGCACGCGCCCUCCGCCAAGCAGCUGCUGCACCAGCUGGCCGUGCAGCUGGCUACAUACAAGAAGAUCGCGCCGAAGGACUGAAGCACUAAAAUUGGACACAACUAAAUCCACAAGUAUCCCAAAAAACCAAAGUUCUCUAGUCUAGUUCAUAACGUUUCAUAUGACCUACCUAUAAUAUACUGCAUCAGCUGGUCGUGCAGCUGGCUACACACAAGAAGAUCGCGCCGAAGGACUGAAGCAGAAAUGACAAAGAAAAAAUAAUAAAACGACCAAAACUACUAUUUUAUAUUGUACCUCCUCACCCAAAAAACGAAGGUCCUGUACCAGCUGGUCGUGCAGCUGGCCACCUACAAGAAGAUCGCGCCGAAGGACUGAAGCAGAAAUGACAAAGAAAAAAUAAUAAAACGACCAAAACUACUAUUUUAUAUUGUACCUCCUCACCCAAAAAACGAAGGUCCUGUACCAGCUGGUCGUGCAGCUGGCCACCUACAAGAAGAUCGCGCCGAAGGACUGAAGCAGAAAUGACAAAGAAAAAAUAAUAAAACGACCAAAACUACUAUUUUAUAUUGUACCUCCUCACCCAAAAAACGAAGGUACCAGCUGGCUGUCCAGCUGGCCGUGCAGCUGGCCACCUAGACGGCAUAAGCUGAAGAUAGAAUCAAACCCACAGAUCUUGAUAACAAAUUGGCAACUGCUAAUGACAAAAUGACUCACCACCA